UGAUAAGGUACUGAACCGUACCCAAACUAUGCAUAGCAACUCAUGAAGACCGAAAUCAACGCCCAUGCCAUAGAGCCCAACGCAGCCGCCGGGCGGUGUGUUUGCCACCGCGUGAUAAAAUAACGGGUUUGUUAGCGUACGGCACACAGGAAAACACAGCAGAAUGCCUUCCUUGCGCGGAUGUAUGACGUCAUACAAUUACAAAUCGACUCUGGUCGGACGCCGACACAUCCGUUGCAAGCCUCCGCUAUUGGUGAAGGACAAACACGUGCCGUGAACCUCUACGUGCUUUACGAAUUACGAUAGCUCAGCUAAGAAAAGUGCAUUUAACCAAGCAUGAGGCUCUUGCGCAUUAGAUACAUCCGAGAUGAACUUACUAUGCUCUAAUUAUCAGUUACUGUCAAUUCCUUAUUAACUUUGUAAGUCGCGGGGUUAGUCACGAAGCCAUGGGUCUAUUGUGUACCAAUGAUUAUAGUACAACUUCUUGCAAGCCUUUGUAGCCGCAAACCAACCAUCUGGGCCUUAGCAACCAUUCGUCGCAUCACCCUCAACAUCAGGAUCUACAUAGUGUGUGGUCACUUGGUCAGUGGUCACCCCUCUGGGCCUUGGGCUCUUUGCACUCCUCUCCUUUAUGCAGACUUCCGUACCCCAGCACACCCUCUGUACUUGCAUAGUGCAUACACGUGUGCCCCUCCCCCAUGACCUCCUGCACCCCGGUCACCCUCUGGACCUUGUGUUCCGUGUACGCACGCCUCCACACCUCAGAUGACCUCAGUCACCGGAAAGGCACGCGAGCGGCUCCUGGCGCCCUCGCGACGGCCGCUAUCGGGCGCCGCUCUCGGCCGGAGCGAUAGCGAGAAGGCGGACAGGCUCGCAGUGUCACACGUGAGCAGGUGCCGGUACAGCGUGAGACAGGAGCUCUUCGUGGGGUGUGACGGGACCGCAGCACCUGACACGGCGCGAGCAGACCGGAGGUGAUGGCGCCAUCAGCGAGCGGGGAGCAGGCCGAGCGGCAGUCGGGCAGGGAGCGGUACACGCUGGUACCGACCGGUACCGCCGCCGAGCAGGAGCCCAAGGUCCACACCAAACAGUACUAUUACAGGAAGCUGGCACUGCGAAGUUUCGCCAUGGUUAUUCUUCUCUUCAUCAUUGCCGGGAUGGUAUACACAGUGGCCACCGUGCACGACCCGGUGCCGGCACAAGAGGUGCCCACCGACCUCCGACCACCCGGCCAGCUGCCUGAUAAGGCCAUCCGGGUACCGGGCAACAUGUACCACAGCAGCCGCAGGCACCCAACGCACCAGCUGGGCAUCAUGAACGGAGGCAACGCUGACCCAGGUCAGUUUCCGUGGCUGGCCGACAUUCAGAUGAUUGACACUGGCCAGAGCAAGUGCGGCGGCUCGCUGAUCGACCCAAAGUGGCUGGUGACGGCUGCUCACUGCGUGUCCACCAUCGCGCCAGAGGACCUCAGGCUAGUCAUAGGAGAGCAUGACGUAGCGGCGCACGAUGAGUUUGAGCAAAUCCGCGCCAUCAAGAGGGUCAUCAUCGAGCCCGACUUCAGCACACGGACAGCGCUGCCGAACGACAUCGCUCUGAUCGAGCUGGAUGAGCCUGCAGAGUUCAACGAGAGAGUGGCCGCCAUCGGCCUGUCGCGUAGUGACGCCGGCUUCACCUCCUGUUCGGUGGCCGGCUGGGGCGCCGCCGGCGUCGACCCGACCACCGGUCAGCCCGUCUACCCGACAGCCCUUCAGACGGUGAACAUGACGCUGGUGGAGCUGGACGACUGCCGCGCCAAGCUGGCCGGCUACGACCUCACCGUCAACAUGACCUGUGCCGAGGGGAAAGACGGCGCCGACGUGUGCUGGGGCGACUCGGGCGGCAGCCUGACCUGUCCGCCGAUCGCCAUGCCAGGCCCCUGGACGCUAGUCGGGGUCACCUCCUGGGGAGUAGCCUGCGGCUACAUGCAGUACCCGUCCGUCUACACACGUGUCAGCAAAUUUAUCGACUGGAUUGAGGCCGAGACGGGUAUCGUGGUGCCACCAACCGGCAGACGCUGACGACAGCGAAUGCUGGUGAAAAUUAUCGAUAACUACUUUUGAUGGACCGUAAGGCAAUAACUCCCUGAAAAACGCUCCUCGAUUGACAAAGGCAAUACAUGAACUUCCAUUUUAUUCA